CACACAAAUUACGGGCAGUUAAUAAAUUUAUAAAAUUUUGUGAACUUAGUCCACAUACAUAUGGUUUUAUUUUAAUAUUAAUCAGCUAUAUAGUUAGAUUGCAUUACUCGUAUAAAUUUCCUUGACAUAUAAAAUUUAGUAUUUAGAAGAAAAGUGCGGAAAUGUUGUUCCAAGAAUAUUGGCCUUUUUUCGUUGCUGGAAUAAUUUUGUAUGUGAUUGCAAGAGUCGGCUAUGCUUAUAUGGUGGAGAAAGAUAAGAAGUUGCAGUAUAAACACAAAAAAAAUGAGGAUUUGCAAACUCCAGAUCAAAUUGCUGAUAUCGAUAAAGACGACUCAGGCGAAGCAGACGAUGAAGAAGAACUAGUCCCAGCAUAUCCAGAAAAUUUAGAGCAUAUUCCACUAAAUUUUCAAAAAAUAACCAUUGAAGAAAGCAUUAAAAGAUCUAACGAAUUUUACGAACUACUAAACAAAAGAAGAACUGUCAGACAUUUUAGCAAUGAUCCAGUACCCAGAGAAAUUAUUGCCAACAUUAUAAAAGCAGCAGGUACUGCACCUAGUGGUGCCCAUACAGAGCCUUGGACCUACGUGGUGGUGAGUUCAAUGGGAAUAAAAGAAAAAAUACGUGAAAUUAUUGAACAAGAGGAAGAAAUAAACUACAAGAAACGGAUGGGAAAAGUUUGGACAACUGAUUUAAAGCCUUUCAGAACAAACUGGAUAAAGGAGUAUCUGACUGAGGCGCCUUAUUUAAUACUUGUCUUUAAGCAGAUGUAUAGUUUUAAAUCAAACGGCCAGAAGAAAUUGCACUAUUACAAUGAACAAAGCGUUUCGUUGGCGUGUGGUUUAUUAAUAGCUGCUGUCCAUUAUGCAGGAUUGGUAUCUUUAACAUCAACUCCAUUAAAUUGUGGACCAGCAUUAAGAACACUUUUGGAAAGACCCAUGAACGAAAAACUUACCCUUUUACUACCAGUUGGUUACCCCGCUAAUAAUUGUUUGGUUCCAGAUUUAAAAAGAAAAUCAUUGGAUAAAAUUCUCAUAGAAAUGUAG